AUGUCCUCUUCCCCUUCACCGAACUCAUUAUCCAGAUCACCUUCGACAGAUUUAGAGAAGAAUGUUCUCCCUUCCAAUCAAUCAAAUGACCUAUCCAAUCUCGAUCACCAUCCUGCACACCUUGAAGAGAUGUCCGCUGAAGAACUCCAAAAUUAUCAAAAUGAAAUUUCAAGUGAAUUCAAACACCUCUCCAGACAAUAUAUAGAGUCCCGGCUUGUGCGAAUCAACGCAAUGAUUGAAAAACUCCAGUACCUGAUCAAAUUAGCCACAGCAAAUGAAAAAAGCUGGUCCAAAAUAUACAAUUUUGAAGUUGAGACUAUAAACAAUAUAAUGACAAAUACAGAAGACUUGAUAAUGGUUGAAAAUGGCAGCAUACCUUCCAAACCUGAUUUAUUAAAAAGUCUACUGGAGUACGAAGAGGAGUUAAGGGAAAUCUUUAAAAAUUUGCAACUGCCGUUUGAUUAUGAUGACACUUUUAAAUAUGACAACGAUGAGUUAAUAAGAAAAUUUAGCGGCAACAAUGGAAACGAAGGUGAGAUUAAGCAAAAGGAGAAGGGGUCCGUGUUGGAGUUGGAGACGGAGUCGAAAAAAAUGCUCACGAAUGAGAAUUUGGCCAACAACAUGAAGAGUAUCAAACAGAGCAAAGAUGAUAGUGAUAUUUCCAAUACAUCACAAGAGUUGUCAAAAUUUCCUUUCCCACUUUUGUUCAACCAGAUUUUUCAACCGCAUAGGGACAAUUUGAAAAGCAUUGGUAAAUUUAAAGAUUACCAAUCACAAUUAAUACAAAAUAAUAGCGAGAACAACUCUACAAUCGCUUGGAAACAAUAUUAUCAUAAAGUGAUGAACAAGCGGAACGAGCUACGAACCAAAGUCAAUCAUGAACUAGUUCAGCUUUAUAAAGAAAAGAAUAAUCUCAACCAAGAAGCAAUACAACAAUCCAUGGAUCAAGAAUAUUACAAAUCAUUAAUAUCCAUCUCAGACAUAAGUGGGUCAAAAAAUGAUGCGAUUAAUAGCACCACAACAUCUAACCUUGCAUUACUAAUGAAAUAUAACCAUGAUUCCCAUUAUAUGAGUUUGGACAACCGACUACUACCAAAAAACAAAAUUGAAUUAUCCCAUUUACGAAGGGAUGUUCAGUAUAAAACGCAUAAAGUGGAGUUGAUGAAAAAUAAUGUCAAGCGGCAUUACGGUAAUGUGUUUGGUCCCGAUGAUCAAUUAAUACAGUUGGAUGCUAAGAAUGAUAUAGAUGAUGAUAUAAUGCAAAUCAGGAGACAAGUUAGACAAAAAAGAGAAUUAAGCAAGUAUCAAAACCAACACGGUAUGAACAAUAGAGUUUUGGGAUCCGAGGCUAGGUCGAGUGCAUUUAAAGGGUCAUCGACAAUAUACAAGUCAAUUCCCCUGAAAGAAAAGGAAGCAACAAAUCCCCCAACGAAUACGUUGAACAUUAGUGCUCUAAAUAGAGAUGGAUAUAGUAGAAACUUUGACAACGAAGAUGACGAUGACGAGGAUGACAUCGACGAAGAAGACGAAGAAGAUUAUGAUGAAGAGGACGAUGAUGAAGAUGAUCCAAGGCGAGUGUACGAGUAUUAUGACGAGGAGUACGACGUGGAGACAGAGAUGACCGAAACAGAAAGGCAAGAUCGUCAAAUCUACAAAAAUGUUUUGUUUCAAGAACAACAACAACCCGGCCUACCAUUAGCAAUGGCUGAAUUACCCACUCUUGGUUCGUUUCCCCAAUGGGGCGAAAAAGCUCAAUAG